AUGAAAAAGCGUUCGGAUGUAUUCAUGGAAUUAUACCGAAAGGGUUAUCUAGACGAUGUUGGUGUUGACAGCGAAAGUCAACGUACAUUGACGAGAUUCCUCGAUGCUGUUAUAAUCAAGUUAGAAGGUGGAAACGAUCAAGAUCUUCGUGCACUUGAUGCUAUAGGAUCAUCAAGUAACAUAACGGUGGAAAAUGACGAUGCCGAUGAAGAUACAUCGAAGUCAGCAGUAAAUAAGACUGAAGCUGAGAAAACGGAUACUAAAGCAAAGAAAUCAACAGAAACUAAGCGCAAACGAGAAGGUAGUGCGUCCGACGAUGGAGCAGUCUCGGAUGGCGAUGAUGAAGACGUAGAAAAGAAAACGAAUGGAAAAAAUACUACCGCCGAUGAUGGCGAAGAAAGCAACAAGAAUACUCUGACAAAUUCGGAAUCAAAAGAAAGUACAGAAGUGAAAACGUCUUCCGGCGAUACAGAACGUGAAGCAGGAGAAGUUCCCGAUGUACCGCGAGCUUUACAUCGUACACUGUCAAUCUUCUUUCGUCAUUUAGCAAUGCAAACAACCAAAGAAGAUUUAGAAAAUCUUUGUAAGCCAUAUGCUGGUUUUCGUCGUGCUUGUAUCAGUGAUCCUGCACCAGAACGAAAGUUUUCCCGUCGAGGUUGGGUAACAUUCGAUCAUACUGUGCCCAUUCGUAACAUUUGCUAUGAAUUUAAUUCAACUAAAUUACAUGACGUCGAUGUCGGUGCAAUUGUUAAUCGUGAUUUAAAACAUCGUAUUCGUGUGAUCAACGGAAUUGGCCAACACAAAACGAUCAUGCGAAAUGACCUUCGAUUAGUAUCGAAGAUAAUUCAACAAUUAGAUGAUCGAUGGAAUCUUUGGAAAUCGUCGAAUGAUGAAACGACAGAAAAGAAAACCGAUGCACCAGCAACAGAUGAUUCAGAAAUCUCUUCAUCGACAGCGGCGAUGGUAAUCACGCCAACGAAAAAUAAGAAACCCAUUGGUUUUGUUAGUGCAAACCCGUUGUUGAAAAAUAUUACAGAAUAUCUAGUUGAAGAAGCCGAUGCUGAAGAAGAAGAAUUGCUUGGCGAUUCAACUAAUCAACAAACCGAAACCAAUACAUUUGAAAUGGAUAAAGAAUUGACUAAAGUACUCGAUCGGCUAAUUCUCUACUUACGAGUUGUUUAUUCAAUUGAUUAUUAUAACGGAAGUGAAUACACUCAAGAAGAUGCAAUGCCGAAUCGUUGUGGAGUCAUUCACGUUCGUGGUACACCGUUGUCGUCGGUAACUGAAUCUGAAUUGACAAAUUUCAUGCAACAAUUUGAAUCGCGGAUCAAGCCCUUGAUUGAUUGUCGAGAGAAGAUCGAUGAUGAUGAGGCAGUGAAAUUGGGACUGAAAAACGAAGACGAUGAAGUUGAAAAAUUUAUCGUUGCUAAUUGUCAAGAAGUAGGCAAAGAUAAAUGGUCGUGUCCGCUGAGCGGAAAGAAAUUCAAAGGACCAGAGUUUGUUCGCAAACAUAUUCUAAAUAAACACCAGGAUAAACUCGAUGAAGUGAAAAAAAAUGUCAUUUAUUUUAACAACUACUUAUAUGAUCCGAAACGACCGCAAUUACCCGAACAUCCUUCAACACGAGCCGGUGCAGCACAGUCUGGAUCACAUCCGUCCGGUUUACCAUUACCUACACCUGGAAUGGGUGGCCACGGACUACUCAAUCGACCACAGAUGUGGCCAUCAAUGUCGGGUCCGAACCCAUAUUACAAUCAAUAUCGUCAUCCACGACCUCCAGUUAUGCACCCAAACCCUGGUGGUCCGAUACAUCGAGCACCAAUGAAUCGACAAAUGAAAAGCUAUGAAGAUCUCGAUGCACCCAAUGAAAUGUUAUUUUAA